ACAUUUCGGAGACUUGUCCACGGAUACUUAUACCCACAGCUCGAGCGAAAUACUCAAUGGGCAACACAUUAACCAACUUACUCCAAGAAACACAAACACACCACCUGUAUUAAUUCUACCAUCUUUCAAAAUGGCAAGCCUCGCAGCCGCCGAAGGCCUCUCUCUAGUGUUCAAGGGCAUCAGCGAGUUUGAGAAAGGAUUCCUCCUAGCCUCCCGUGGAGUUAUACGAGGUCUGAUAAACCCGCUACUCUCACAGAUGGACCUGGCAGAGACCACGACGCCCGUGAAUGUACUCGAUAGUGCCUGCGGGACUGCCGUCUUUACGCAGGAAAUCCAAGACACCCUUCCCAAGACGGUGCUUGCAAAAAGCACGUUUUUGUGUACAGACAGCUCCGAGCAAAUGGUUAAUAUCGUCAAAAAGAGAAUUGAUGGGGAGGGAUGGAUCAACGUAAAGACUGCAGUCUUGGAUGCGAAGAACACUGAGCUUCCAGAAAAUUCGUUCAGCCACGUUGGAAUUGGACUGGCUCUUCAUCUCAUUCCAGGCCCAGAUGCAGUCCUAGCGGACUGCAAGCGGAUCCUCAAGCCUGGGGGCAUGUUUGGCGCGACGACCUUUCACAGUGAUAACAAAUUCUGGAUCCCAGACAUGCGCACAGCCUUUGCGUCGUUCCCAUUCGACGCGCACUUCCCCGAGGUAGUCAAGAUACAGAUGCACUCAGACGGCGACUGGACGGAUCCGACGUGGGUCGAGGACCACCUUCGGGACCAGGGAUUCGCCGACGUCCAGGUUAAGCUGAACCCGGGCACAUACCACCUGAGGGACGCGGAUGAGUUUGUCACGACGUUCGGGACCAUGAUAGGGUGGUUGACGAAUACCUGGUGGGACGAGGAGACGCGCAAGGCGCACCCGGCGGAAGAGGUGAAGGCGUUGUUGAAGAGCCACCUGGAGGAGAAGUACCAGGGUAAGGGAUGGGAUAUUAAUUAUCUGGUGAUUUGCAUGACGGGAAGAGUUGAGAAGUAGGGAGGUGUUAGAUACGAGAGACGUGGGUGGUAAAGUCGCGUGGAGAAGGAAUGGAGAGUCCGGGUGUUGGCGCGGUCUGAGACAGUCAGCGUCAACAAAGAGGAAUUCCACAUUGAGUUCGCCCUGCCAGAGGGAAGAAAAAGCGAGACGCCUUAUCUUCUUCGUCGAGGGCAAAGGAAACGCAAAAUGUCAAGCAUGCUUCGGGUUCCUUGAACUUAUUGUACAGGCUGCUCCGGUGCGAUAGGAGAUGAUUGUUACAGAGGAAUUCUCCAAGAGUCCCUUAGUAGAUAUUCGAAAAAUAAAUAAAUAAU